AUGGCUUGUUGCCCGACGGAAAAGGAAUAUGGCUACGAACAUAGCAGGUUUGAGAAAGAUGUCGACGAAAAUUUUCAUUGCUCAAUCUGCUACAAUGUUCUUAAAGAACCAAGGAUGUGUAGAAAUAAUGAACACAUCUUUUGUCUUGCCUGCAUCAGUGAACAUCUGAAAGUUAAUUCUCAAACUUGCCCCGAAUGUAAUGAACAUUUGAGUGUCGAUACGCUUCGUCGACCCCGUGUGUUGAAUAAUUAUUUGUCUAAACUGAAGAUUAAUUGUGAUUAUGCCAGUCGAGGAUGUCCUGAGUUAAGCUGUGUUGAAGAUCUCGAAACUCAUGUUGGCAAUUGUGGCUUUGCGCCUGUGUUGUGUUCAAAUGCAGAGUGUCGUAUGGAGAUUAAUAAACGGGACAAGGUUUAUCACGAGACUGAA